GUUGGCAUCUUCCUCCUUCCUUGAGCCUGCAGAGCAGAGGAGGCACCCUGCUACUCGCCAUGACAAACAGCAGUUUGACUCUAAGCAGCCUGGAUGCAGUUUACAUCACCAUCGAGUUCAUUAUUGGGAUAUCUGCAACCGUGGGCAACAUCCUGGUCAUCUGGGUGGUGAAGCUGAACCCAGCUUUUCAGACAAAUACCUUCUACUUCAUUGUCUCCCUGGCGCUGGCCGAUAUAGCUGUGGGCAUCCUUGUCAUGCCACUGGCCAUCGUGGUGAGCCUGGGAGUCGACAUCCACUUCUACUCCUGCCUCUUCAUGUGCUGCCUGAUGGUGGUUUUCACUAAUGCCUCCAUCCUGUCUCUCCUGGCUAUAGCAAUCGACAGGUACCUAAGAGUGAAGCUUCCCACCAGGUACAGAAUAAUCACCACAAAGAGAAGAAUCUGGGUGGCUCUUGGAAUUUGCUGGUUGUUGUCCUUGCUGACAGGAUUUGUCCCCAUGUUCGGAUGGAAUAAAAGGAUUGACCCAAAAAUGCCCAGUGAAUUCAAGUGUAAAUUCACCUCUGUGAUGAGCAUGGACUACAUGGUGUAUUUCAACUUCUUCGCCUGGAUCCUCAUCCCUCUGAUCCUCAUGUGUGCUCUGUACAUCGAGAUCUUCUACAUUAUCCGGACAAAGCUAAGUCAAAGUGCAACAAACACGAAUGCAGGAGUGUUUUACGGGAAGGAGUUCAAGGCGGCCAAAUCUUUGGCCCUCGUCCUCUUCUUGUUUGCGAUUUGUUGGCUGCCUUUGUCCAUUCUAAACUGUAUUGGCCGUUUCUGUCUCAACUGUCAAAUCCCGUCGCAUCUGUUGUACGUGAGCAUUCUGCUGUCUCACUCCAAUUCGGUCAUGAAUCCCGUUGUCUAUGCUUGCAAGAUAAAGAAGUUCAAAGACACUUAUACUCUUAUUUUAAGAACCCAUGUCCUGCGCAUGAGUCCAAAGCUGGUCAGUUCUAGCAUGGAGCAAACAUCAGAGUGCGACCCAGUGACUCCUUGAUGCCAACUGGCAGAGGGUCCAGGGGGCACGCAUAGGAUUUUACAGGGAUUCCCUGGGUCACAUAUAUGCAUAAUAAUUCACCAAAUGAUGGCAAGUGAGGUCUCUACCGAGAGACAGUAGCCCACUGCUCAUCAUAACCAUUGCAAUAUGUAUGGAUGGAUAAUAUUUAAUGAGUUAUGUAUCUAUAUUGAAAAUAAUGUUCUUAAGGUCUUUGAGUCAAAGCAUGUCACAUACCUUGGUAAUGUUCUUUUCAGACAAGUGGUAAUAUCUCCGUCUGGUCAUUUGUGUAGUGUGUAGUGCGUAUCUCACAAUGUAUGCCUAUUUGCAUAUUGAGCCAGGUGCUAAUUAAGGCUUGGUCUACACUACCCCCCUAAUUCGAACUAAGGUACGCAACUUCAGCUAC